AAAUACCCCGAUAAGCGGACUGCUUUAUUCGCCAUCACAACUGCUGAUGAGUAGAAGACUCAGGGGCAUCAUUCCAACUGAUCCCAAACUAUUGAAACCAUCGGUAGCUGAAAAUGCAGAGACAUUACUCAACGAACGACAGAGGAAAAGCAAAGUGAAAUACGAUUCAAAAGUAAGGUUACCUAAAGACUACUCUGUCGGGGAGAAGGUGAGAGUUCGUCUAGGACAAACAUGGCAGAAAGCAGUCGUCAUUAAGAAACAUCCAUCACCCAGAUCUUACAUCAUAAAGACAAAUGAUGGAAAAACAUACAGACGAAAUCAACGGUUUUUAAACAAGAGCUACGAAGAAGACAUCUCUGGGUACUAUGACACCGACGAAGACAAUGAACAGCAAACUGUUAGAACAAACGAAACAGACAAUUAUAAACCAACAUCUAGAGAACUUGCUGUGCCGGUCAAGACAACCAGAAGUGGUCGAGUUGUCAAAAUUCCUUGUAAAUAUUAAGAACUUUAAAAGGAAGGAUGUGAUAAUAGCUUCAAAAGGAAGGAUGUGCUAAUAUUAGAAGAUAUUACGUCAUUGUUUGUUGUUUAUGUUUUAUGCGAAAGCAAAGAAUCGGACGGAAAUAAAAGUUAUCAUUAUUAAUUAGUAACGUCUACAGUAAAUUAUUAUUAAUCUAUGACAACAGAACAUCAUCUAUUAAAUUAAUAUUAGCCUAUUAAUACAAGUUUGAAGCCGGAAAAGUUUGAUUUCUAUACGAAAUUCUACCCAAGAGAAUGAUCGUAUUUAUGACAGUCACAAUAGCUUGGGCUUGUGCCUACAUUUACAGUCCCUCUCACAUGUGACAUGUUCAUACGUAUGUUGUAGUAUGUAACAUGAGAAUGACUUUCUGACGGAAAACUUCUGACUAUUAUGGGGAAAACAUUUUUUUUUUUGGUCUACGAAGUUACUAGAUCUAUAUAACAGUUUGAUAACCACUGCGUAUUUACCCCGUUUAGAUUUAGCUAAUUAACAAAUUAGCACCGAAGCUCGUGCUAACCUGGACAGCUUCCGUUUGCCGGUGAUUGUUUAUCGAAACAUUGAAUGCACCUUGUGCGAGUGUCUGCUAUAGAAUAUCAACACCAACACAUACUGUCACAUAGUGACAUAGCAGUUUUUCAGAUUUCCCUUAGCGGAAAUGCCAAAAGUAAGCUAUCUCUCCACUGUUCACUGGACCUGACAGAGAAUCUGGUAUUGAAAUCACUGAAUCCAAAUCUAGUUGCAGCCAAAGUGAGCGAAAGUAUGAAAAAUGUUAUGUAUCAAGAAAGACCUUCAGUUAAGACCAAGGAAGUGAUUACAGUUAACACAAGUCUGGACCUGGACACAUUCUCAAAGCUCUUACCUUUCUUGCGAUGUUACUUUGUGAAUUCUCCGGUGAAUGAAGAAAACAAACUAAAUGUGGAGGACCAAGCCUCAAAAACUACUAGACUUAUCAAGACUACAAAUCCAAUUUAUUCAACUAAUGGUGAUGCCUCAAACACAACCAGACUUAACCAGACCACUGACCCAACCUAUUCAACUAAUGCUGAUGCCUCAAACACAACCAGACUUAACGAGACCACUGACCCAACCUAUUCAACUAAUGCUGAUGGCUCAAUGGAAAAAAAAAAAUCCUAAUGGUCAUUUCAAUUUGCUCAACUUUCUUGAUUGCUGUCGCAUUGUAUUCAAAGCAAUGCUGUGGUCUGCACCUCCAAUGCUGCUGAAGAAAUAGAGAUUGCGAACAGUACAGAAGAAAACCAUGUUUAUGACUCAGUAAUAUAUACAGGAUAUCAGACCAUCCAGCCUGAAACUUUGGAGAGCCUAACUGAAAGCAUCCCAACCAGUAUUGCUGACCAAACUACUGUCAAUGAAAGGAAUAAAUGAAAACAUUUGAGCAGCCUUAAAUAUACUGAAAUUUUAUUCUACAAAAAUGUAACUUCCUUCAGAAUGAAAAAAACAAGUUUUGGGCAAUUAUAUGGAAAAAAAAAACAAGUUUGGGACAAUUUGAAAAAUGUCUGAUUCAGGUCUUUUUGAAUGAUUGUUGUGUUUUUUUAAUAUUAAAAUAAUUUUUUUGUGUGUUUUAGAUCUAUAUGUUAUCACUGUAAAAUUGAGUUGUUUAAUUUCAUAUGCAUAAGUCUUGUUAAGUUUAAGUUGUUCAGUAUUUCAUAGAGAUAUUUCCUUUUGAUACCAUCAUAAGCGAUUUAAGUUGAUGUACUAGUACAUUGUUUUCUUGACAUUUUUUUUAGUUUGUAUUUAUGUUAUGAGUGCUGCUUUCAAUCUGUUAGUGUUACUUCUUCCAAAAUUCUUGAUAUUGGUUAGUCUUAUUGUGAAUUCAGGUUUUUUCCUCCAUUUUUAGUAGCUCUGUUGUAAUUUUGGUCCUCUCCUGGUGCUUCUAAUUUUUUUAUUUCUGAUGUUUAAAUUAGAGUUGGUGAGUUUAUAGUGUUGGUAGGUUUAUAGUGUUGGUGGCUGUUCAUAUUUUCCUUUGUCUCCAUCUUCAGUUUUAUUUAGGAACUCCUCAAAGUAUUCAGCCCAUUUGUCAAUGACCCAACUGUUUUUUUUGUGAUGAGGACACCAUUAUUGUUCUCAUACAUGUGUGAUCUUGCUUGAAAUCCAUUCUUGUCAUCUCUUAUUUUCAUGCCCAUUCCUCUCGCAUCAAGGUUCUCAGUGAGUGCUCUUUGUUUUUUUUCUCAUUGGCUCAUUUUUAUUCUUUCUGACAGAUUUUGUAACCCUUCACCUUGCUUCAUAGUACUGCUUUCUUUCUUUAGCAUUAUUUGUCUCUUCUGUGUCAGAUUCUCCUUUUCUUUUGCUGAAAUCCAACCAUGUCAUCUGCUUUACUUUUAAUAGCAUGUUGUUGUUUUUGCAUUGCUCAUUUGUUGUUUAUUGUGCUUCAACAAUUUAUCUUUUAAUCUGUGUAUUCUAGUAGAUGCUUCAUUUAAUUGGAAUGGCCAGCUUUAAAUUCCUUCCCAUACACACUUCUGGCUUGUGAGCUGUUCUCGCAUAACAUUUUGAUCCAAUAUCCCCCUUCCAAUUUCAAUACUCUUCUAAGAUACUCUUCUUCGAUAUUACUUUAAAUUAGAGCAGGUCACUUAUAUUGACCACCCUUGCACAAGCACAUCCUUCUGGAUGUUUUUUAUUUUUACCUCCACCUCAACACACAAAAUUGGAUGGCUGCCUGGUCAUGCGGUUCGCGCGCUGGACUGUUGUUCGGAUUUAUCGAUGGUCGAGGGUUCAAAUCCUGCCCGCUCUCAUCCCCCGUCGCCCUGCAGGAGGUUUGGACUAGGAAGUAAACUAUCUUCAACUCUGAAGGAACAUCCGAAACAUGUAAAACAAUCAAAAAAAUAAAAUAUUUAUAUCUGCAUUGUUUUAAACACAUUUUACACACUUAAAAUUUUUUUUUGUCCUAGUAUAUAAAAUAAUAUUGUCUUUUUGUUAUAUCAACUUGAAGAUAAAAUUGGGAAUGAAAAAUCAUUUUGGGAAGUUUUAAUUGCUGUAGUUUCCAUUCGUGAACUGGAUUAGUUGUUCUAGGAACAAGUUAAAUUUGUAUUUUUUUUUAGUUCACCACAAUUGAGGUUACUAGUGAAAGGUGAGGGAAUCAGUAAGUGCCCUUCGAAUUAUAGUCUAGAUUGUAAUAGUCCUUUUCCAAUGCUGUUAGAUGUGUUAGGAAUUCUUAAGUUUUUGCAUCAAGUGGGUCUAUCAUGAGUUUUUGAUCAUCAUAUUGCUGUGUUACUUUGGUUAUUGUUUAUUUAUUGUAUAUAUGUUACUUUUUGUCUAAAUUGAGCUUUUACUUAUAGAUGGUCUCAUUCUGCAUCUGCUCUGAAACUUCUUACAUCGAAUAUAUCAAAUCUACAUCUUUUAUUUAUGAGUACCCGUAUAUGAUCUAUUUGAUUUCAUUUUCCAUGAGGUGAUAUCCAUGUUGCUUUAUAAAUUUUCUUAUGCUGGCAUUUAGUGCUACAGAUAGACAUUCCUUUUCCUGAGGCCAAACCCAGUAAUGUUAGGUCAUUAUUAUUUGCCUCUUCAUAUGUUUUCUUUGCCUAUUUGAUCUGAAGGCAAAUUCUUUUCCAAUUUUGGCAAUUGAAAUCUCCUUGAUGUCAUGCAGUGUUGCCUCAUCAUGAAUUCUUCAUAGUUCAUCAUUGAAAUGUUUACUUUGUAUUAUCAACGCUUUUUUCUUCUUUUUAGAGCGUUUUAUUAUAGCCAAAGCAUGUUUUUAAAAUUACUUAUUAGUAUUCAUAUUUUUUUAUGACUGUUGUUAACCCUUUGCACAACCAGUUGGGGUUGCCCUAUUUAAGCUCUAUGGAUAGCUGCCUUUACUUUUGGUUAAGGUGCCAUAAUCUUUGUGGAUCCUCCCUUUUUGUCCAGGCAGCAGGUUUGAUUUUGGUAUACCAUAAGUAUUUUAUUUCUUCGAUAUUCGCCAUAUCUGAAGAGCCUUCCCCUAUUUGCCACCUGAGAUAAAGCUUGAUGGGAGAUCAAAGUUCCAGCUUGAUUUAAUUUUGAUCCUUCAGCCAUGAAACUACAGUAUAUGGAAAUGAGAUGAAUCCCUGGGCAUUGGCCAAAACUAUCUCCCUCACAGCAGUUUCCCUCUCUCCAAGCAACUGAUUUAUGCUGAUGAAAUUCAGAAUUAUGGUCCUUAAAGGCCUGCUUGUUAAUUUAUUUACCAACAUUAAAUUGCACUAUGUAAAAUUAUUUUAUAAACUUUGUAAGGCCUGUUUACUUUUUAUUCAACUUUUUUUGUGUGCAUAUAUCAAUUUUUUUUAUAAACAUUUAGCCAUGAGAUGGACAGUUGUUUUGAAGGGACUCAGUUUAUUUGCAGCUUUUCUGAAAUGUUACUUGUGAAUAGCAUAAUCAAACUAUUUACUGAGGAUAUAAAGUACUAAAGUUAUUACCUGGAUGUAACGCUUGUUAUUUCCUAAAAUUAGGACAAACUAUUUGUUGCAAUUAAAUUUUGAAACAGUU